AUGAAUGAAAAGCAGCAUAUUCAAAAAAUUAUUGAUCAGAAUGUACAUCAAUCCCGAACAGAUUAUCAAGUUCAACUAGAAGCUUCAGUUGAUUGCAUUCGGUUUCUUCUAAGACGAGGCCUUGCCUUUCGUGGUCAUGAUGAGUCAGAGAACUCAAGCAAUCAAGGUAACUUUCUUCAGCUUUUGCAAUUUCUCAUUGAUCACAAUGAUGAAGUGAGAGCAGUUGCAUUGAAGAAUGCUCCUGAAAAUCUUAGACUGACAUUAUCUAGGAUUCAAAAUGACAUUGUUAAUGCUGCUGCUGUUGAAACUACAAAUGUUAUUAUGAGAAACAUGAGUGAUGCCUUUUUUUCUAUCCUAGUUGAUGAAUCUAGGGAUGUACAUGUGAAGGAGCAAAUGGCUGUUACCUUUCGUUAUGUGGAUAAAAAUGGGUGUGUGAUUGAAUCCUUCAUAGGCAUUGAACAUGUAGCGAGUACUACUGCAAUCUCACUUAAGAAAGCUAUAGAUGCACUAUUCUCUAAACAUGGAUUAAGCUUCUCUAAGCUACGUGGUCAAGGUUAUGAUGGCGCCAUUAAUAUGAGUGGAGAACUUAAUGGUCUGAAGACCCUUAUUUUGAAGGAGAACUCGAGUGUUUUUUAUGUUCAUUGUUUCGCACAUCAGAUUCAAUUAGCUUUGGUCCAUGUAGCCAAGAAACAUGAAAUUGUAGGUGCUUUCUUUGCAUCAAUUGGUAGUGUUGUAAUUGUUGGGGCAUCUUCUAAACAUCGAGACAUUUUUAUAGAAAAGCAAUCUCUUAAAGUCAUUGAGGCACUUAAAGUUGGAGAACUUACAAGUGGACACGGACUCAAUCAAGAAACUGAAAUUAAGUGUUCAUGUGAUACGCGUUGGAGCUCACAUUAUGGUACUCUUCUAAACUUUACUGUCAUGUUUUCUUCCAUAAUUGAUGAGUUGGAUGAAAUAGCAUUUGAUAAAGUGAGUUCUGAUCAGAAGCAUGAAGCUUUUAUUUCUUUGAAGUUGCUGCAAUCAUUUGAUUUCAUAUUCAGUUUGCAUUUGAUGAGAAUUAUACUUGGAAUCACUCAUGAGUUAUCACAAGCACUACAAAAAGAUGAUCAUGACAUAGUGAAUGCUAUGGAUUUAGUGAAAGUGUGCAAGAGAAAAUUGCAGACUUUUAGGGAGAGUGGAUGGCUUUCUUUGUUUGAGCAGGUUGUUCUAUUUUGUGGAAAAGAGAAUAUUAGUGUUUCAAACACGGAUGAUCAAUAUGAGCUAGAUAACCGUUUCAGUGAGGCUACUACUGAACUUCUCCUUUGUUUGGCAUCUCUAAGUCCUAAUUAUUCAUUUGCAGCUUAUAAUAAGCAAAGUUUGAUGCGUCUUGCUGAGCUUUAUCCUCAUGAUUUUUCUGCAUCAGAGUUGUUGUUGCUAGAAUGUCAGAUAGAGACUUAUAUUGAUGAUAUACGAUCUACCAACAAGUUCCAAGAAUUGCAAGGGAUUGAUGAUCUUGCAAAGAAAUUAGUUGAGACAAGAAAGCAUAAGACAUAUCCUUAUGUUUAUUUACUGAUCACUUUGGCUCUAGUACUUCCUGUUGCAACAGCCUCUGUUGAAAGAGUUUUCUCUUCCAUGAAUAUUAUAAAGAAUCGAAUUCGCAAUCGAAUGGGAGAUCAAUGGAUGAAUGACUGCUUAAUUGUAUAUCUUGAGAAGGAUAUAUUCAAUUCCAUUGACAAUGAGUCUAUUAUUCAACGUUUUCAAAACAUAGCACCUCGUAGAGGACAAUUAUAG